GGCCCCAAUACAUCCGUCCUUGAUAAGGGCGGGAAAGUAAACCCUUAUUUUGCGGCAACACAUUUCUCUAUAAUUCUUACAAUCCCGCAUAAAAAUCUCUGUACUUCACAGUUCUCACACUGAUUUUCCAUCUCGAACAGAAGGCAGACGGUGAAACAAUGAUCUCCACUCUCAGAACAUAUUUCGGCUUCUCAAAUUUCCGGCCGUACCAGAAAGCAAUAGUUGAGAACAUUCUCCGAGGAAAAGAUUGUUUAGUGGUCAUGACCACUGGAGGUGGCAAGUCCCUGUGCUAUCAGGUGCCACCAUUGAUUACAAAAAAGACUGCUGUGGUCAUAAGCCCACUUAUAUCGUUAAUGCAAGACCAGGUAAUGGCGUUGAAACAAAGGGGUAUACGUGCUGAAAAUCUUUCUAGCGCUCAGUCUGACUCUAAUGUGUAUGCAAAUGCUGAACAUGGUCGGUACGAUAUUUUAUACAUGACCCCAGAGAAGGCAUGCAUGCUAGCUGCCAGUUUCUGGUCAAGAUUACAGGAUUCAGGAAUUUGCCUAUUAGCUGUUGAUGAAGCACAUUGCAUAUCAGAGUGGGGUCACAACUUCAGGGUGGAAUAUAAGCAAUUAGAUAAACUGCGCGAUGUUCUCUUAGAUGUGCCAUUUGUUGGACUGACAGCAACUGCGACAGAAAAGGUUCGUGAUGACAUUACAAAGUCAUUGAAGAUGAAGAUUCCUCAUGUAACCAUUGGUUCGUUCGAUCGGCCGAACCUCUUCUACAGUGUCAAAAGUUUUGAUCGGGGUAAUGCUUUUAUGAACGAGCUAGUGAAAGAGAUAUCUACAUGUAUCGACAAAGGAGGUUCAACCAUAAUAUACUGUACAACUGUCAAAGAUGUUGAAGAGAUUUUUAGGUCCCUCAAGGAAGCAAGAAUUGAGGCUGGAAUGUACCAUGGACAAAUGUCAAAUAAAGCCCGCGAGGACUCCCACAGAUCAUUCAGCAGAGAUGACUUCUAUGUCAUGGUUGCAACUAUAGCUUUUGGCAUGGGCAUUGACAAGUCUAAUAUAAGACAUGUGAUACACUAUGGAUGCCCAAAGAGCAUGGAAUCAUAUUAUCAGGAAAGUGGACGUUGUGGCAGAGACGGGAUUCCUUCUUUCUGCAAGCUAUAUUACACGAGAAGUGACUUUGCAAAGGCAGACUUCUACUGUGCUGAAGCACAAACACCGGAGCAAAGGAAAGCAAUAAUGGAGUCAUAUGUGUCUGCACAAAGGUAUUGUAUGCUGACAACUUGCAGAAGAAAGUUUCUGCUGGAAUACUUUGGAGAGAAAUACUCAUCUGAUAGCUGCGGAACAUGUGAUAAUUGCACCAACUCAAAGAAAGAGAGUGACUUGUCCAGAGAGGCUUUCCUUCUAAUGGCUUGUAUUCAAUCUUGUGGGGGGCACUGGGGUCUCAAUUUGCCUGUAGAUGUUCUUCGUGGAUCUAGAUCCAAGAAAAUUGUUGAUGCUAAUUUGGAUAAACUUCCAUUUCACGGACUUGGUAAAGAUAUGCCAGCUAAUUGGUGGAAGGCACUAGCUUAUCAGUUAAUUUCACAAGGAUACCUAUCUGUCCAUCGCCACUUUCCUCUGCAAGCAAAGACUGAACUAGACAUUUGUUCUUUGUGUACCAGAGUUGGUCCGAAAGGGAUGGAAUUUUUGAAUUCCUGCAGUCCUGAUUAUCAGCCUCCUUUAUAUCUGAUCCUGACUCCAGAACUGGAGAUUGACAAUAAAAGCAAAGUUGCAGUUGGUUAUGGAGUUGUCAAUGGUUUAUCUCAGGUUGAGGAUCAGCUUUACAAAUUGCUUGUUGAAGAGAGAAGGAAGCUUGCAAGGAACCAUGGAAUUGCUCCGUAUGCAUUAUGUGGUGAUCAAACCCUGAGAGGAAUAACAUCACUGAGACCCUCUACACUGGCAAAGCUGGCUAAUGUUGAUGGUGUAAAUCAGUACUUUCUGACAAAAUACGGAGAUUUUUUUGUACAAGUCAUUCGGAAACUGUCGAAAGAACUUGGCCUCUCUCUUGAUGGGGAGCAAAUUCGCUACAUACGGUUUUGCUGUCUGAUAUCGUGAAACAUUUCACUGGGUCGAAAGAAUAGUCAGUAGUUGGAGGCCGAGUUUUUGAUAUUCAAGAACAAAGUCAAUUAUGAAAAUUUUGUGCUCAUUAGUGCCUUAAUUAUUUCGUGUAAUUAGCCACUCACUUUUGUCUUGGCAAACAUAAGAAGUGCUUCUCCAGGCUACUUUCCUGACAUGUCUUCAGAUUAUUAUUAGUAGAUUUUGUGCUAUUUUUCCCUUGCUUUUUGUACAAUGACCCGCCAAGCCAAAUUUGAAGUAAAAAACACUUGUAAAACUUUAACAUUAACAUGAAAGCCAAAAUCCAGUA